GACGAUGCACUGAUAGCUGUGAUAAAACAAAUUAACAAAUAGCGAUAUGGAAAUAGAAAAUCCUAACUGUGCUACUUUGAGCAAUUUCGAAGUAUUAAAACAUUUGCAGAAAAUUAAGGAUAGUAAAAAGAAACAUAAAGGACAACUUGCUACAAUAGUUUAUGAGACUAUUCGUUACCUAGAAAAUACAACUUGCAAAGAUCAAACUUUUGAAAAUAUUCAAGAAUGUCUAAAAGGUUUGACACCAUACAAUUUAAAUAAGACUGAAAAGUUAAUGAUUAUAAAUUCUCCUCCAACAACAGCACUGGAAAUUCAAUUGGUCAUUGAGGAGAGCGAAGAAAGACUGACAGAAGAACAAGUUGAUCAAAUUUUGGAAGUUGUCACUAAAUGUUUCCCUCAUACCAAAAAGAAAACAGAAGAAAAUGAUGUGGAAGAUUCAGAUUAAUUAAUUAAUAAUCAACUGGAAGUCCCCAUGUCUAAUUUUUUUAGAAAUAUCUAAAAUUUUGAGAAAUAGCUUAUAUGUAUAAUAUAAUAACAUUUUGUCUGAUAUUUUAUCUAUAUUCCCAAACCCAGCUACAUUACUUGUUUUUUCUUUGAU